GGCGGAACUCGCCUGCGCGGCUGCGGCUGCGGCCCGGCGGGGAGCGGCGGCGGACACGGCCCCACGGCCACGCCAUGGCGCGGGACCCGGCCUUCGUGCUGCGCUACCUGGCCGAGGUGGAGGAGCUGGCUGAGGACGUGCUGGCGGCGCGGCAGCAGAUCGUGGACCUGGACGUGAAGCGGAACCGGAACCGCGAGGCCCUGCGGGCGCUGCAAAAGGAGCCGGAGCCCGACGGCAAGGCCAUGGUCUGCUUCGGGAACAUGUUCAUCGAGCUCCCCCACGCCCAGACCAAGGAGAUGCUGCAGAAGGACCAGGAACAUCUGGAUGAGGAGAUAAACAACCUCCGGAAAGAGCUGCGCGUGAAGGUCAACCGCCUCUUUGAAGCUCAAGGUAAAGCUGAGCUGAAGGGAUUUAACCUGAACCCCAUGACCGCAGAGGAAAUGAAGCUAAUCAACCGCAUCCUGGAGGGCUGAGGUGGCCGGGCCAUCGCCACGGCACGGAUUCGGGCUGUCACCCGUGGAGCUCGCGCUGCCACAGCCGCAGCCUUCGGGGUUUGCAGGAGGACAUCGGCGUGCCCGGAGCCCGCCGUGGGCCAGGUCCCUGGCAGGCGCUGGGAAGCGUUUGGCUCCUCGGCUACGACGCCGCAGAUUCCUUGGCUCACAAACCCUGUCCUGCUCCUUGCUGCCAGCCCCCGUGGCUGGGACACAGCGCUAGGCAAACCCCCCCAUGGCCGGGGUGGAAGGGGGGAUUAUUAAAAUCAGAGCAGCGGGACGUUCCUAA